UAUCGCCAUUAUGUCAAACAACCGUCAAGAGAAUUAAAAAAAAUAAAAAUAAUUAAUCCCGCCUAAUCUUAUAUCGUUAAUUGGGGUUGUAAUUUUAGUAAAAAAAUUGUCAUUUCGUAUUUAAAGUUCAGUCUCUUCAGUCAUGAAUUCACCAAAAGCCAAUUCACCAUCAUUCAAAAACUUAAAGACUAAACAAAAGCAGUCCCCGAUAGCGAUUAAAGAAAAACUUAAAAAGGAUUACAAAGAAAAGGUGCAUAAUUGCCGUAAUAUGCUUCUGGACAAAUUCCGAGGGACUUUAGAUGAAACUGAACUUCGGGACACUCUGAUGGCUAUUUAUAAAAGCAUGUUCGUGUAUCCUAAAUUUGAAGAAUCAGAUGAAGAAAGUGAAGUAUUUAAUGAGAUAAAAAAAGAACUUAUAGAAGAAGAAAUACAAUGGUGGCAGGAAGAAUAUGAAAAAACACAAAUGGAUAAUGUUGAUUGGUCAGUGUUAGAACAAGAACAUGUCACAUGCCCGGUUUGCCAGAAGAAGAAUUUCAAAUAUGAAGACGGAAUAGUAUCUUGUCCUAAUUGUAAUGUACAUAUUAAAACACAAAGUACAUUACCUGAAAUAAAAAAAGUAAUUUUCGAUUCUAUCGAUAAACAUUCCAAAAACUGCAAUGAAACAGCUGAAUUCACAUCAGUACCGGAAUUAAAUGACACACAUAUUUAUUUAAUAUGUGCACAGUGCAUGGAUAUACAGCUGAUAUUGUAAUUAUAAUGUGCAUUAAUUUGGUUAUAUAAAAUUCUGUGAUGUUACUUUAGGUUUCAGUAUGUUUUCGACAGUUAUGGGCAUAUAAUGUUAAUUUGUUGAUUUUCUGCUCACUCCUUCUUCCAUAGAAUUACACCUAAACUUCUGAAGCUGUUCAUAUCUAUAAUUUCAAAUAUUAUUAACUAACUUUAUAUUGAUUUAUGAUUUUUUAAAUAUUCUAUAAUUAUUUUCAUAAUGAUAUUAUUUCUGAGGGUAAACCACUUUCAUAUAAAAUUACUUACUAAUAUAAAUGUGAAAGUUUGGAAUGUUUACAUGUUUAUACUAAUACAUCUUCAGAUCAAAUUAAUGGAGCUUGCUGAAAUUUGGCACAGACAGGCAUAGUCUGGAAGAAAAUAUAGGCUACCAAUUAAGUUUUUUUUAAAUCCCGCGCAGACUAAGUCGCGGGCGACAGCUAGUAUCUAAAUAACUUAUUAAACACAUUUUCAGAAUAGUUUUAAGAAUGUACCUUUACAUAUUCAUAUAACCUUUGUAUUUUAAUCAUAAAUCGACUGAGCUGUUUUGCACCAGUUUUAAGAUUUGGGAAGAUUUUUGAUCCAUUUUAGCACUAUUUAUUAGUAAUAUGUAAGAAAUUAAUAAGUAAUUUGAGGUGUUCAUAAAGUAAAAUUUGAUUUCCUAAAAAUAAGGUAUAUUUUUAAACAUCUUGCAAAGUAAAAUGCUAUUUGAGUUAAUGAAAACCUUUAUUUUUAAGUAUGUUGUUAACCUACAAAUGCUUUUGACAUGCUUCACUAUUGUAGUGAAAUGCAUAUUAUUGAAUUUGAAUUGUAAAUAGCUAUAAACCUCUGAGUAAAUGCAAACAACAGUUUGUAUAUUCAUCGUCAAAUGCUACAUAUGCCAAUCAAAUGUUCCCAUUUUGACAUUGAUUUUAUGUAUCUUAGUUAAGUUGCCUCAUAAAUGUUUAGAAAUCAAACACAAAUAUACAAAAUAAAAAUGACCUUUAAUUCAAUUCAUGAAGCGUGGUAACAAGGUAUAUUUUUAAUUAUUACUCUGUAGUAUAAUCGGAGUUAGAACGUUUUAUUAUACGUGUUAAAACCCUACCAAAAUAUUAAACUAAACGGUAACUCGUAUAAAAUGUACAUUAACAAUAGUAGUAUAAAACAGUACCAUUAUUUUACGGACAUAAUUAAGAUGGGCAGCUUUUUGUAGUAGUAUUCAUCAUUUGUAUAAAAUGGUCAACUAUGUGAAUUAUCCUAGGCCUGAAAAUAAAACAUUCGUACUUA